AUGGCUUCAACUGAUAAUCCAGUAGUUUAAAAUUACCUUAGAGUUAAGCGUGAACAUGAGAAGAUGGAAAUCGAUUUAAAAAAGCAAAGAUUCAACUUACGUGACUUGAAUAAGCAAUUAGAUAAAACUGAUGAUUAGCUUAAGGCUAUCUAAAGUGUAGGAUAACCAAUUGGUGAAGUUUUAAAGCAAAUUAAUGAAGAAAAAUACAUUGUUAAAUCAUCAAGUGGCCCUAGAUACGUAGUUGGUGUUAAAUCUAAAAUUAAUAGAGAAAAGCUUGUUAUUGGAGCUAGAGUAGCAUUAGAUUAGAAUACUUAUACUAUUGUUAGAAUCUUGCCUAGAGAAGUAGAUCCUAUGGUAUAUCAUAUGUUACAUGAAGAUCCAGGUAAAGUUACCUUUGACGAUGUCGGUGGUUUAGAUGACUAAAUUAGAACUCUUAGAGAAACUAUUGAGUUACCAAUCACAAAUCCAGAAUUGUUUAGAAGAGUAGGUGUUAAGCCUCCUAAAGGUUGUUUGAUGUAUGGACCUCCUGGUACUGGUAAAACUUUAAUUGCAAGAGCUCUUGCCAAUAAUGUUGAUGCAAAAUUCUUAAAGGUUGUAGCAUCAGGUAUAGUAGAUAAAUAUAUUGGUGAAUCUGCAAGAGUUAUUCGUGAAAUGUUCGCUUUUGCAAGAGAGCACGAACCAUGCAUUAUAUUUAUGGAUGAAAUCGAUGCUAUUGGUGGUCGUAGAUUUUCAGAAGGUUCUUCUGCUGAUAGAGAAAUCCAAAGAACUUUGAUGGAACUUCUAAAUCAAAUUGAUGGUUUUGAUGAUUUAAAGAGAGUCAAGAUUGUUAUGGCCACAAAUAGACCCGAUGUGCUUGAUCCUGCACUUAUGAGACCAGGUCGUUUAGAUAGAAAAGUAGAAAUUCCCUUACCUAAUGAAUAGGCCCGUGCAAAAAUUUUAGGCAUUCAUAUGAAAACUAUUACUAUAUUAGGUGAAGUAACUUAUAUUGAAGAACUUGCCAAGCUUACAGAAGAUUUCAAUGGAGCUGAUUUACGUAACGUAUGUACAGAAGCAGGUAUGUUUGCUAUUAGAGCUGGUAGAGAUUAUGUCAUUUAAGAAGAUUUCUUCAAGGCUGCUAGAAAGAUAAAAGAAUCUAAAAAAUUAGAAUCUAAGUUAGAUUACAGCAAAGUUUGA